CAUAAUAUAGCCAAUCAACAGACAAAUGUUUUGAAAAUGGUUAUUCUAAAUUUAUUUUCCAUUUUAUAACUAAAUUAUUAAACCAUUAUUGUAAUUUUUAUGAGACUUGUUUUACCUUCAAAAACGUAAACCCAUCUUCUAUGAAAACAAAGCACCAAAGGAUGUAACAGUUUCUCAAAAUAAACAUGUGACAAUUCCAUGUGAAGCUAGGUCAGCUUCUGGGGAGACACCUCCAUCGUCAGCAGUUUGGUAUGUUAAUGCGAGACAGAUUGGACCUCAUACAAACAGAAACAAAAUUAUUGUCAAGGCUAAUUCUCUAACAAUCAAAUCCGUCCAAAAACCAGAUGAUAUUAUGUGUGUCGUGUGUAUAGUUUCUAACUCUGUUGGACAAACGAUGGGUGAAGCUUGUGUCAAUGUUAUUUUGCCUAUUUAUUUAGCAAAGCCAAUCAAUGCUAAUCAAUAUAUAGCUUACGGAAACUCUAUAGACUUGACAGUACUAGCAAAAUCUGACAUAUCCCAACAACUGAAUUACAAGUGGACUCACUUUAGAAACAAAAGUGACCUUGUUGGGGAAGAACCAAAGUUUACCUUCUCUGAUCCAAUGAAAAAUGUGGCCUAUAUAAAUACAUUUGGUAUGAGUGAAGCAGAAUAUGAAUCUGUUGGUGGUGAAUAUGUGGUGAACAUCUCUCACCUCUAUGAUUACAGAAUUGAACGUAUUCAUGUCACACUUCAAUACAAGCCUGCUCUAGACGAUAUAUCUGGCCAAUCAAAGUUACUACCCAGGAUGUACCUCUACUUUUUGACAAGUCUGACUUAUGUGCUGACAACUGCGAAGGCAUAAGACUUAGGAACAAAAUAUACCAAAUAAUCAUGAAUUACAAUAUAUGUAAUAAUCAUUUUUAUAAUCUACAAAAGACAUGUUUAUAAACAGAUGCAGCAUACAAUUUUUAACAAUUUUAAAUUAAAUCCUCCAGCCUGUUGUAUGCAUUAAAACUAUUGUGUACACAUUUUUACAAGCAUCGCACUUACGUACGCAGAACUAACAAGGGAAAUUCUAUGCAUUUUUUGUCAAUAAAUGUAUUAUACACAAUUAAUGCUGUCAAUUGUUAGAAAUAAAUUAUCUUAUAAGGCACUUAUUCGAAGAUUUUUAUGGAAUUAAAAUUCUAGACGUGGCAAAUCCCUACUAUGAGCUUCCUCUGUAAAGGUAUUUGUCAGAGGUUGUAGAUUUGGUCAUGGCUCGUUUACCCGAGCACCCCCCCCCCCGACAGUCUAUCAGCUAAUAUAUUAGUCAAAUACCAAGAGAACAAGUAAUGGCAAUAUAUUUUAACGUAUACUAGUUAACAUCAAGAGUUUAUAUAACAAAGAUUUAAUGAUUCAAUGAUAAAAUAUGACACGGAUGAUGACUAUACAUAAUAUUUAAAACUAUAUCAACGCGACUAAGUCAUGUGCAAAUAUACAACAUAGUUAACAUGCAAGCCUAGUUACAACAGUCCACUCUGUCGCGAAACCCACAAUACAACGGCUGAUUGCCAAGUAAGUUUAAUAUACCCUGUAGGGCUUUUGAGGUCAAAACCCCCUCUUCGAUAAAACAAAAAAUAAUUCAACCGACAGUCACCAAAUUCCAUGAGCGAAGCCAAGAGAUAUUUUAAGUUUAAAACUCCUUCCAAUUUUUUUUUUUACUAUAAAACGCCCUAUUCAGUAUAAGACUAAAGCAUACAACAGUCACAAGAUUCUAUAAGAGUAGCAAAAAAAAAAAAACAACAACAACCCUCCAGAUGGCUUUAAGUUAACCCACACCCCAGAGAGUUUUGAUUUUAAAACUCCAUCCAGCGGGAUUUGAAACUAAAAGCCAUCCCUUCAAUGUAACAUUAAAGAAAUAAAUACAGUCACAAAAUUCUAUGAUAGUAGCGAAUUUAUAGUAUACUAGUUUAAUCCCACCGUCCUGAAGGCUUUAAGUUUAACCCCCCUCCAGAUGGUUUUGAGUUUAAAAAAAAAACCUACAGAGAGUUUUGAGGUUAAAAACUCCCUUUUCAUUAUUCUUCUAAAGCAAACUAACAGUCACCAAAUUUUAUAAGCGUAGCUAAGUGGGUUUCGAGUUUGUUAAAAAAAAACAACACAUAUAUUUUUAUUUAAAAAAAAAAAAGAGAUUUGACGAUAAAACUUCCCUUUUCGAUAUAAAAUCUAAAGCAAACUACAGUCACUAAAUUCCAUAAGCGUGGUUAGGGGUUAUACAUUUCUACCAGUGCAGUAAAUAGCAGAAUUGGUGUUUUGAACUAAAAUUAUUUUAUAUACCGGAAAUAGUGCCCCUAAUCCUAGUCCUAAGAGUGAUAAUCUAUUUUUUAACGAAAUAGUCUAAAUACAAGCUUGUCAGUAAAAAGCUAAAAAUUAACAAACCUUUUUUUUUUUGAAGUCGAAACAUAAAAUCAUUCAUUUGCAUCAUACUUCACUUCGUUUCCAUUUUUACUCUGUACAAAACUGUCAGCUGUUGAUUCUUUAGUUCCGUGCAUGAUUAUACUUUCUAAAGGCCAAUAUUUUAUCGUACAUUUUAUUAUGGUUUAUUCCCAAUCCAGUUUUGAAUCACUUUGAAAUCCAGAGCAGUCCACAACACUGCAGUGGAGAAGCCGGGGUUUUGGACCCCGUGGGCCUUUAGGGGCCCUGAAUUUUGACAUUCGACAUUAUGGUAUGAGAUUAUGGCGUAAUAUUUAUAUUUAAUGUAAAACAAAUUUCGGACACUCAUUUGGGAGCUCCCUAAAGUGGGGGCCCGGUGAGAUUUUCAAAUUUUAAAAUCUGCCUUCCCCCCCUUCCCUAACUACGCCACUGCAACAGUGCCAAUUGAAUCCCACAGAGCCUGAGAAACACUAAGGCAUCCGGCUCCGACAUUUAGCCCUAAAAGCAGGGAAGACCAUUUAUUUCCCACUACUAUUAUCACCUGACUGCAAGAUCAUCCUGAAUGUUUACUGAGAAAGCCAUCUCGACAUUAGUCCUUAUUCUAAACCUAUUGACCUAUAUCUGCGUUCACUGUAAGAUCACCUCUUCUUUUUUGUGUCUGUAAUAAACUUUUUUAUAAAAAUUU